CUGGCAACACUGCGUUAGUGUCAGUCACUGUGACCUGUGACAAUUGCGUAUUCGUAACCUCAAAACGUGCAGUGCGAAUAUUUAAUAAUUUAUUUUGAAGUGAAUAUUUAACAGUUUUCUAUCGAAAUAUCAUACUGCGAGUGCAGUGCCUUCGAAUUUCGAAUGAGUGGGCGCUACUUCUAUCUGCUGGUUGACGUGAUUGGAGAUAAAGUUGAGCCCCUUGAGGUGCGGCAGACUAUACAGGCAGCCUGUGGGGAGGUGUUUGGAGAGUGCGGUUCUGUGCUGCCUUUGGACGUGCUCACUGUGCAGCACUCACCAACAGGCGGGCGAGCGUUAGUGCGCGUGGCGGGCGGCCAGCUGGUGCGCGCGCGCGCCGCGCUGCUGCUCGCGGCGCCCGCGCUCCGCGUCGCCCGCCAGGCCGCCUCGCUGCAGGCCUUCAUAUAACACACAUCACACACAGCAACACAGGUCCACCAUGUCGGUAUCCCGCAUCGAGAGCGGGCCGGGCGGCAAGGACGUGCUGCUGAUCGCGUCCCCGGCGGCGCUGGCCGAGCCGUCGCGAGUCACGCUGCCCGAGCCCGCGCCGGCCGCCGGGCUCAUCCUGCCCGACGGCUCCAUCAACUGGGGCUGCCCGUGCCUCGGCGGCAUGGCCACCGGGCCCUGCGCGCAGCCCUUCAGGGACGCCUUCUCCUGCUUCCACUACAGCGAGGCGGAGCCGAAGGGCAGCGACUGCUACGAGAAGUUCAGCGAGAUGCAGGCGUGCAUGGCCGGCUACCCCGAGCUGUACGGGCGCGACGACGAGGAGGAGGAGUCGGGCGCCGGCCCGCCGGGCGCCGACCCCGGCGCCAGCCCGCCGGCCGCCAGCCCGCCCGGCGCCGCCCCGCCCGGCGACCACAAGGAGCUCGCCGAGCCCUAGCGAGCGCCCCUACCCUCCUGUGCCAUAAACACGUCAUAUUUUCAUACGACCUUGACGUUGAAUAUUGGCCCGUUUUUGAUUUUUCGCUUGUCAAGUCGUCGCAGACUCGGCCCGGUCGGACAUGUUCUAGAUAUUGGUUUUAGUACUUCCUUUAUGUUCAAUAUUCGUUAUUUUAACGAAACGCCCCCGCAAAGAUUUUGCUCUUUAAUGAUUACAUAAUUUUAGCUAACUUCGACUUAAUUGUAGUUUUAGUAAUCAUUAUUUGCUCCGUUUUGACGUGCGGUCGAGACGGUUCUAAAUAUUAGAAUGAAACAUAAUCCUUGACAGAAAAGUUAGCAAAUGUUUAGUUAUAAUCGGACAUAGGAAUCCGCGGGGCAAAAUUGUUUGACAAGUAGGGAGUUCCCGUAUCGAUAAACUCGACUAUCGAUGCUAGUUCUAUAUACUAGUGAUCACUCAAGGGUUUGCUUGUAAAAACAGGCGCGGAUACAAGGGGGGGGCCAUAGGGGCAAUGCCCCCCCCCCCCUAAAACCCUGGCUCUCACAUUACUAAAUUGAGAAAAUUUUUUUUUACCUUAUUUUCUGUGCAAAAAUAUAUGAUUUUCUCAAAAUGGCCCCCCCCUAAGCCAAAUCUUGUAUCCGCGCCUGUGUAAAAAUACGUUUUUAUUAAGAGUAAAAAUAAUACUUAAAUAAUAACUCAAUGUACUCUUCUUCGUUUUUAAGACGGGCGAGACAAUGUUGUAAUUUUACUCAUCCCAAUUUUUUUCUUCGUGAAUGUCCUAUUUACUAUUGUUAAAGUAAACGACCAGAAUUUGUUCCAUAUUUCUGGGUAUUAAGCGUCUAAAAUCAAGGGAGUAAAAUUAUAAAAUUGUCUUGUCUUGUCUUAAAAACGAAGAAGAGUACAUUGAGUUAUUAUUACAUUAUUUUUUUUACUCUUAAUAAAAACAUAUUUUUACAAGCAAACCCUUGAGUGAUCACUAGUAUAUAGAACUAGCAUCGAUAGUCGAGUUUAUCGAUACGGGAACUCCCUACUUGUUAAACAAUUUUACCCCACGGAUUCCUACGUCUGGUUAUAAUUUAAGAAAUUUCUAUACCUACGAUGAUAUAAAUUUUCGCAAAGAACGGACACCGCCAGUUCCAUAUUAUACAGUCGUACGCGGUUGUAGCGGCGUCGCCACUCGCCGCCACUCGUCGCCACUCGUCGCCACUCGUCGCCACUCACCGCCACUCACCGCCCUGGCGCGUGCUGCGGCGGUCGCGUGGCCGCAUUUCUAUCGCCUGUCGUGUCAUGCAUCACUUUCGCACGUGUUAGACAGGCGAUACAAAAGCGACCACGCUGUCACGGGUUCGGUAAGGUUAGUUUAGUUCGUUCACUCGAGAGGAGUGACCAAUAUAUUGUUUUGAAAUA